AUGCCUCCAAAAAAGAAGCAAGCGCCAGUGGACAAAAACAAAGCCAAGGCGAAAGCCAAGGCCGCGGAAGACAAAGGCUUCGGUAUGAAAAACAAAAACAAGUCCAAGAAGGUCCAGAAUGCCAUCAGUCAAAUGAAAAUGGGUGCAGAUGGAGGGUUGGCCAAAAAGAGAGAGGCCGACAAAAAGAGAGAAGCCGAGGAAAAGAAAGCCGCCGAGCUCGCCAAGAAAGAAGCCGCCGCGCUGCUUGGUAUUGUCCAGCCCAAGGUUCCCUUUGGUGUCGACCCCAAAUCCGUUCUAUGUGAGUUUUUCAGGCAAGGUGUGUGUAACAAGGGCACCAAGUGUAAGUUCUCGCACGAUCCCGAGAUUGGCAGAAAGGACGCCAAGAAGGACUUGUACACGGAUGCUAGAGCAGAGAAGGAAGAGGAUACCAUGGACAGUUGGGAUGAGGAGAAGUUGAGAAAGGUCAUUAUGUCCAAGCACGGAAACCCCAAGACCACCACAGACAAGGUCUGUAAAUUUUUCAUCGAUGCGGUGGAAAACGACAAAUACGGUUGGUUCUGGGUCUGUCCGAACGGUGGUAACGAGUGUAUGUACAAACACUCUUUGCCUCCUGGAUUCGUGUUGAAGACUAAGGAGCAGAAGAGACUCGAGAGGUUGGCCAACGAGUCCGCUCCUAAGAUCACUCUAGAAGAGUUUAUUGAGAUGGAGAGAGGCAAGUUAGACAAAUCUAAGUUCACCCCUAUCACUCUAGACACAUUUAAGGUCUGGAAGUUGAAACAGAGGGCCAAGAGAGAGGAGGAGAGAAAGAAGGAAUUACAGUCAGGAAAGAUUCCAUUGACUGGAAGAGAAAUUAUCUUGAAGAAGUAUGCUGACAAGUUCUACCAAGAGGAAGACAACGAUCAGGGUGAUGAAAUGGACCUUUCUGAGUUUAGAAAGGCUCUUCCUGAGGACAGCGGAGAGUUCAAGGAUUACGGUGAUGGAGAGCUGUUCAACGAUUUUGCUCAGCCAAGUGCUCCAGAACCUUUGGAGAAUCCUGUCGAGGCCUAG